CAACGACCGGCCUUCGUGCGCCUUGAUGCAAUUGAUCCUCCGCGGCCGCCAGGGAUUCCCGUUGCACGCGCUCUCUGCCCUACCAGCGAUCAUACGAACUGCCCCUUUGGAUUCUGAAGCUUCUCCGCCCAUCCCCUCUGAUCUACGGGCCGAAAACGGGUCUGACUCCACAGCCAACCAGACAUUGUCAUAGCUUGUCCCUUGCGAAUACGACCAGGCGUAUAUAUACGAAAGCUCGUUGGACGACACGCACCGGGUAGGGGUUUUGACAAGAACGCGAAUAGAAUGUCCCUCAAUCGUGUCUCCUAUCUGGAGUCCUGGGAACAGAACCCCGCCGCAUUCCGCCGCCAACCGCGUCCAGACGACUCCGAGGAUGAAGAUGGAUAUCAAGACCUCCCAGAGACUUCGCUGUCAUCGUCGUUCCAAUCAAACAUCAGCCGCCAUUCUUAUCGACAGCGCCUGAACUUUAACCCAUACGCUGGGCCUGGUUGGAGCGAAACGUCUGGUGAUGAGGCCGAUAGACAUCCUCUCCUCAGGGCUGCUUCACCGAGGCGCAGCCGGACCGACGAAGUUGAAACCGAACAGCCCCCAGAAAAUCAUGUCGCCCCGAAAACACAAGAAUAUGAGAGUCUGGAGACGACCGGGGCAUUUGAGGUUGACCGCACAAAGCGAAUCUUGCAGGUGUGUAUCGCAGUCAUAUAUUGCUUUUUCGCUGCAGGGAUAGUCUUCGGUUUUGCAGCCAUCAAGCCCGUCCUGAUCAAAGAAGGUGUCUACCGCAACCAAUGCUCGCAGGAAGAGCUCGAUGGUGGUUUGGACGUAUGUUACGGACAGGAACUUCGUCUGAAUUUGAUGUUCACGAUAGCGGCCGUUGCCACCAAUGUAUCUGCCUUGCCCGUCGGGACAAUCCUGGACACUUACGGCCCACGGACGUGUGGUGUCAUUGGCAGUAUGUGUUUGACGGUGGGGAGCCUCCUAUUCGGACUUGCGCCUAAGCUCUCAUUCGAUGCUUACCUCCCAGGAUACCUCUUCCUGUCUCUUGGAGGUCCCUUCGUCUUCAUCCCGUCAUUCCACCUGUCGAACACCUUCCCGGCGCGCUCAGGUCUUAUUCUAUCCACCCUAACGGGUGCGUUCGACGCCUCCAGUGCUCUAUUCCUCAUCUUCCGUCUAGUGAACGAAAGGACGGGCGGUGCUUUCACCUCGGCACGAUUCUUCAUUCUCUAUCUAAUUGUCCCAGUCUUCAUCUUGGUGGCUCAGCUAACGGUCAUGCCGACAACAUCCUACAAGACUGCUGGCGAGCUCGUCCGGGAAGCGCAAGCCCACAUUGCCGCAGAGGCCACCGAUCAGAUCGAUGAAGGCAUCAACGACCGUCAUGAAGGUGAACGGCAACGCAAUGACCGCCGCCUUCACCGGCAAACAGUCAUCAACCAGAUUGAGGAUCUGCUAUCCACCGAGCAGCACCAACAGCCACAGCCAGAACCAGAACUGACCAAGCCUACGAAUCCCCACACUGCCGGCGGCGUCUGGGGUGCGCUGCACGGCCUCUCAGCCUUGCGCCAAAUCCGUACCCCCUGGUUUAUCCUCAUCACUCUUUUCACGAUCCUCCAAAUGCUUCGAAUCAAUUAUUUCGUCGCCACCAUCCGCCAGCAAUAUACCUACCUCCUGGACUCGCCCAUCCUCGCACAAACUCUCAACUCGACCUUCGACGUCCUCCUUCCGCUAGGCGGCCUGAUCUCGGUUCCCUUCAUCGGCACGAUCCUCGACAACGCAAGCACUCCAUUUGUGCUGGGAACCCUUGUCACAACGGCCACCCUCAUCGGGAUCCUCGGCUGCAUCCCAACCCUAAUAGCCGGAUACGCCAACAUUAUCCUCUUCGUCAUCUACCGUCCCUUCUACUAUACCUCGGUUUCCGACUAUGCCGCCAAGGUCUUCGGCUUCCAGACCUUCGGCAAGGUAUACGGGCUCAUCAUCUGUCUCGCCGGGCUCGGCAACUUCGCCCAGGCGGGCCUCGAUGCCCUGACAUUCCGGGUAUUCGACAGAAACCCCACCCCGAUCAACGCAUUCCUCACAGGCACCACGUUCCUGGUUGGUCUGGUGAUGGUGGUGUACGUAUCCUGGGAGGCCAAGAAAAUGGCCGCAGCCUCGAAAGCCGACGAAACCGACGUCGACGCGGCCGUCGCUGAAAAUGGACUUAGCGUGCCUGGAUUACACGACGGCGUCGAUACCCGGGACUGGGCACUCGGUCGGGAAGGCGAGCGCGCGCCGUUGCUACAAGUCGGGGGUGGUAGGCACGGCGAUGCAUCUUCGUAUGGAAUCUCCGGCGCUUAGGUGACUCUCCCCUCCCUCCUUUUGCUCCAUUCUUGUCAUUUGGAUACUUUGGUGAGUUUCAUGCCUAGUUAUACUUGGUAGGCCACUCGUUUGUAGAUAGAUGCCUUGGAUCGAUGGAUCAACGGACGGAUGGGUCCAUCGCAAGUUUAUAUAGUAGUUACUCCAGAUCGAUGAACAUGGAUUAUGACGAGAUGAUUGACGGGUGAUUCGAUUCUAUCCUCCCCCGCCUAUUCAGGUCUUCAUUUACAUAGGUAUUGAGAUAGUUACACACAGGUCUAAUAUACU